GGACUAUUUGGAUGUUCACUAAGUUAAGCCGGUCGAGGAAGAAGUGGAAACAAGGGAGUAAGAAUUUAUCCAGGUUCGUUCAAGUCAAGUUAAGUUCAAAUCAGGUUAAAGGGGCCAUUCUUGAAUACGAUCGAAAUCAUUCGAAAGAAUGACAGCCGCGAGCGCAGCGGCUAGCGCGGUGGGUAGUCCGCUGCCAAAGUGGCAACUCGCCCUGGCCGUGGGAGCGCCGGUCGCCCUCGGAGUCGGCUAUAUAUACUACAGAAAUACGACAAAGCCGGCUACGAAACCUUCCCGUGGUAAAUCAAAACCCUCCACCAGUGAGAAUGGAACUCCAGCCAGCAAGCAGAUCUCCAUCGAUGGUGAUGAGAACCCCAAGUCCAAACCUACCGCAUCACCUGAGAAUGAGAGUCCUCUGGAUAAGGCGCAACGAUUCAAGAAUGAAGGAAAUAGUUUUUUUAAAGCUGGCAAGUUUGAUGAAGCGAUUCUCCAUUAUAACAAAGCCAUUGAGACUUGUCCCACAGAGAACACUAAUGAUCUGGCCACCUUUUAUCAGAAUCGAGCAGCAGCAUAUGAGCAGUUGAAAAAAUUCAGUGCCGUGAAGACUGACUGCACAAAAGCAUUGGAGUUAAAUCCAUUGUAUGUGAAAGCUUUACAACGAAGAGCUCGAGCAAUGGAGCAUAGCAAUGAGUUAGAAGCAGUCCUGGAAGACAUCACGGCAGUGUGCAUUCUGGAACGUUUCACUAAUCAAAAGUCCCUCCAGAUGGCAGAUCGAGUACUGAAACAGCUCGGAAAACAGCAUGCGGAAGAGCACAUGGCAACAAAAAAGCCUAUAAUGCCUAGCAGCCAUUUUAUAAAAACAUAUUUGAGCACCUUUCAUCGAGAACCAAUAUGUCCCAUUAUUGAUGAAUCUUCUGACAGUGAAAAACUAGCACUUAUUAACAUCCAAGAUGCAUUAAAAGAUGAGAGAUACGAUGACAUAAUACCUUUGUGCACCGAAGUAAUCGACAGGGAAGAGAAUAUAGACUGUUCGUACAAAAUGAAAGUUCUUCUAACACGUGCCACCUUUUAUAAUCUUCUGGGACAAUAUGACAAUGCAAUUCAGGAUUUAAAUACUGUAAUAAGUAGCCAAACUGCAAGUAAUGAAGUAAAAGUGAAUGCACUGAUCAAGAGGGCCUGCAUACAUAUGCAACUGGAAAAUAUCGAAGCUUGUUUCACUGACUUCGAUGCUGCGGUCAAAAUUGAUGCAGACUGUGGAGACAUUUAUCAUCAUAGGGGUCAGAUAAGUUUGCUUAUGGACAAUAUCGAUGAGGCGAAGAAAGAUUUUCAAAGAGCUGUUGACUUUAACCCCAAUUUUGGAGUAGCUUACGGUCAAAAGUGCUAUGCAGAUUACCAAUACGCUGUAUUAAAGAGAGACGUUGAAGGUAUUGAAACUGCCAUAAAAAAUUUCGAAAAUGCUCUUGAAAAAUUCCCCAAUUGUUGCGAGUGCUAUACACUUUAUGCUCAGGUGCUGUGCGACACACAAGAAUUUGCCAAAGCUGAUGACUGCCUCGUAAAAGCAUUUACCUUAGAUCCAAAAAAUGCCACGGUUCUGGUUCACCGAGGCUUGCUGUAUCUCCGAUGGAAUCAUAUAGAAAAAGCCACUGGCUAUAUUAGGAAGGCACUAGAAUUGGAUGACAAGUGUGAAUUUGGAUAUGAAACCCUAGGAACGAUUGAGGUUCAAAGGGGGAAUCUGAAGGAAGCAAUAGAACUUUUUGACAAGGCUUUGAAGUUGAGUCGGACCACAGUGGAGCUGGGUCAUAUUUACAGCUUGAAGGAUGCAGCAAAGUCCCAGCUCUCUGUUAGCGAAAGACUUGGACCAGACGUGGUUUGGAACCUACAGAGAAUGUCGCAAACUCUUUGAGAUACCUAACUUAGAACGUAUCCAGGACUGAGGUUCACACCUAACCUAAAACCACAGAGCGAAGAGUCAUAUCUUCACGUACAACCAACCAGGUUAAAGCCUACGAGUUUCUCCAGGGAGUCACCGGUUAAAUUUCUUUUUCAUAUGUAGCGCCUCAAAAGGAAGUUUAUAUCUCCUCUGGAGAAGCGGUUUAGUGUUGAUAGAGGAAUAUAUUUGUUACCAAAGUCGGCCUGUCGAGUUGGCUCACUGUACGACUGUGGGGAAUAUUUCUUUGUCCUUUAUACACCGUUUUAUAUAAAUUAUAUUAAUAACUCCCGACAGAGUCCGAGCUAGAUCUAGCAGUUGACACUUUACUCGAACACCAGGCUGCUCCGAUUUUGGGAAAUAAAUGAAAUCUCCAGUCAUGGAUUCAUUUGCAUGGAUAAUAAAUGAAGUUGAUUGUUAACAUUAAUAAGAGCUUUUUAUAGAUCGUAUUAGUUUAUGCGUAUAUGCAGAACGCUGUUCCGCUUCUUUGUUUUCAUACCUCAUUAAUCCGUUCGAAACCGAAGCAUUGUUCCUAUUUGUAUCCGAAGACCUGUAGAUGACGGACAUAGUGCGUCAUAGGAUUCGAAUGGAUUAAGCAAACUAUGAUGUGGAGUAGAAAUUGAAUUUUUCAAUUUGCGUGAGCACUUAAUUCCACGCGAAUUGUAUAAAUACAAUAACGAGACUGCUGGACAAUUUCUACAGCAAGUCUGUCAGGUGGAAAGAAAAAGUUUCGAGUGAGGACACGCUAUUUCCGCAGAAUGAGAAAUUUUUCACAGAAAUAAGAUCAUUAUUUCUUUUUUUUUUCCUUUUUCCUUUUUUGGGAAGCGUAGAACUUUUACCGCUCUUUUUAGCAAGAUCUUGUCGAAUACUUUUGUGUAGAUUGCUAGUGGAUACCAGUGUUAUGUAAAAACAAAAAAUUAUUGUUAAAUAUAUAAUUAAACGAUCCAUCA